UAGAGGGGGAAGGGCAGAACGCGUGGCCUCUCUCGCACAUAAGCACACGCUUGAGGAGACUAACAGGGAACAGGGAAGGAAAAGGGGCUUUCUGAAAGCUCACUGCACUAAAAGAAAAGCAUUCUGUUUGUCCAACAAACCUGAGAGAGACAGAUCUUUACAAAAUGUCUGCAGAGGACUGUUUUAGUUAUACAGUGCCGGGCUCUAACGAGAAGCACAGAAGGGCUCGUAACUGGACAGAUUCUGAAAUGAAAGGGCUUCUGUACAUUUGGGAGGAGUACGUCACCGAACUCAAGAAGGCCAAACGUAACGCUAAGAUCUACGAAACGAUGGCCAAGCGGCUCUACGAACUUACAGGUGAACAUCGUCACAGGGAGGAGAUUAAGAUGAAGAUCACCAAUAUGACAUUCCAGUACAGGAAGCUGAAGUACACAGCCAGUGGUGGCACACCUGACUGGCCCUACUUCAAGUCCAUUGAGAAGAUCUUGUCCAAGGUACCAGAGCAGACCAAUAUGGGCCCACUAGACCCCCAAACCACUGGACCAUCCACUGCCCAGCCUGAAUCUUCUCUUCCUCAGCCUGGAACUCCAAUCAUAGGCUUCCUUCCCGAAUACACAGGCUCCUCGGAGGAGCGGGACCUUAAAGAGGAGGAGGAAGAUGGGACAGAAAUUUCUGUGAGCUCCUUUGAGUCCAGGUCUCAGCCGAUGAAGAGGCGGCGCCUGUCGCGUGUUUCACUGCGGCGUAAGAAGCUGCGCGUUAUGGAGGCCAUGCUACAGGAGCAGCGGCGGAUGAGCCGCGCCGUUGAGGAAACGUGCCACGAAAUGCGGCGUGUUAUGCACCAACAAAAUUUCCUUCAGGUGCAAAGCCUGCAGCUCCAGGAGCGAAUGAUGAAUUUGCUGGAGAAGAUGAUCCCUCCCACAGCACCUAAGCCCACCCAGUUGUAAUCCUACUUUCCAAACGGACCUAAUGUAGUCUAGUUUAAAUUGGAACAUAAACUGGUU